AUGGCUGAGAAACCUACCAUCGAGGAUCUACGCGUUCCCGAAGCAAACAGCCUGUCGGCUGGCGACAGCGACUCUCAAGCAGACGAUGCACGCGACUACGAGCUGACUGGCAUUCCACUAGUCCUGGUCAUGACCGGACUUGGUCUUUCUAUAUUUCUUAUGUCACUGGACUCGUCCAUAAUUGCCACAGCUAUUCCUCGGAUCACGUCACAAUUCAACAGCACCGGUGAUAUUGGCUGGUACGGCAGUGCAUACUCCUUUGCGAUGUGCGCUUUGCAGCCUGUCGCAGGUAAGCUGUUUUCAAGCUUUGCGAUGAAGAGCAUGUUCCUCGGAUGUCUUGCUGUCUUCGAGCUUGGCUCAUUGCUCUGCGCCCUUGCUGUCAACAGCCCUAUGCUCAUUGUUGGACGUGCUAUAGCUGGAAUUGGUGCAGCAGGUUGCUUUACAGGAGCCUUCUGUAUUGUAGCAGUGUCUAUCCCGCUGAUCAAGCGACCCUUCUAUAUUGGAAUCCUUCAGUCAACUUUCGGCAUUGCCACCAUUAUCGGACCUGUAUUAGGUGGAGUAUUCACAGAGCAUGCAACUUGGCGGUGGUGCUUUUGGAUAAAUCUCCCCAUCGGUGCUAUCACCAUCAUCUCAUUGGUCUUCUUCUUCAAACCGCCUACGCGCGACUUGACGAAAGCCCCGUCGGUUCUUCGCAGGCUGCAAAACCUGGACUUGCUUGGCGCUUCUCUCUUUGCUCCGGCCAUCAUCAUGAUCUUUUUGGCUCUUCAAUGGGGAGGGACUGAGCAUGCUUGGAAGAGUGCUAACAUCAUUGGUCUCUUCAUUGGAGGUGCGGGCCUUGGUCUUGUCUUUGCUCUCUGGCAGAUACGAAGGGGUGAUGAUGCCAUGAUUCCACCACGUCUUAUCACUGAGCGUACGAUGUUUUUCUCUUGUUUCAGCGAGUUCUUCGCCAUGGGUGCCGUUUACAUUUCGAUCUACUACCUUCCAGAAUGGUUUCAGGUCAUAAAAAACGCCUCGCCAACGAAAUCUGGAGUCAUGUACCUUCCUUUAGCGUUGUCAGAUGUCCUCUCUGCAACCCUAACAGGUGCCUCACUCAAGUAUCUUGGAUAUCCAAACCCCUACAUGCUUCUUGGAACGGGCUUGAUGAGUAUAGCAACAGGACUCUUCUCUACCUUCUCCCUAAGCACCCCCCAUCAGCAGUGGAUUCCAUUCCAAGUCCUUCAGGGUCUUGGUGUAGGGAUGACCCUCUCAAUGCCCUAUGUUGCAACACAAACAGUCCUCAAGCCUGAAGAUAUUCCUGUCGGUACCUCAUUACUGCAGUGCUUCCAAUUCUUCGGGGCUUCUGUGAACCUUGCAAUCGCGGAGGCUAUCUUUGAGAACAAACUCGUCUCGCAUUUGGAGAGUUGGGGAUUUGAGGGCCAUGAGAUAGAGAACAUUCUCAGUGCAGGCUCCGCCGAAGCAAGGAGGGUGGUUUCUGUGGCGCAGCUUCCAGGCGUGUUAGAUGCAUACAACCACGCGAUCACCAGAACUUUCUAUGUUGCAACCAGUGUUGCGGCUAUUGCAUUCCUUCUUUCACUCGGCAUCCGCUGGAGGAGUGUCAAGCCAAAACUCCAGGCUGCUGUCUCUGAAGAGGAGGCUAGGUCGUCAAUUCAGUAG